AUGAGACUCAGCAUCUUGGCAUCUGCCCUGGCAGUUGCCACCCAAGUUCAUGCCAAAGGCCCUUUCCUGAAGACAAUUGGUCCCGAAGAGCACAUCAUUGGCAAUGAUAUCUGGAACGUCACUAUUGGCAAGCAAUAUGGCACGAAGCUCUUCUAUAAGAACAGGGAUAUAGUGGGUAACGCAGUUGGGCACUAUGCGAGCUACAAUGGCGCAGCAUCAGAUCUGAGUUGGACUACCGUAUCUAUCCAUAAGCAGACCAAAGACUACUUGGAUAUUUCCUUUGAAGCUGCUGAAGGAGAACUUCAUUGGGUUAUCCAACCUGAGCUUGCUGGGGCAUAUCAAUACUUUGUUAACCGCGCUCUUCCGAUCCUUGGAGAGUUUAGAACUCUCUGGCGUCUUGACAACACGACCUUCUUCAAUGGUCAUACGUCGAUCAAGGAUGAGGCUUUGCCAACUUCAGCCGAUAUUGCUGCCGCAACCAAGGUCCAAGAUGAGACAUGGGUGAAGGAGGAUGGCACAUAUAUCACCAAGUAUGACUGGCAGGCCUUACUCCGAGACCAGGAGUAUUAUGGCGUGUACGGUCCUGGGUUUGGCAGCUGGUACAUCAAUGCGGGAAAGGAUGAAUACAAUGGAGACCAUCUAAAGCAAGAACUGAUGGUGCACCGAGAGACUGCAACAGGAGAUGUUGUUCAGCUAAACAUGCUUCACGGGACACACUUCAUGGCAUCGGCCUCUGAUGCUUUCCCAGUUGGCAAGGUCUGGGGGCCAUGGCUCUGGUAUUUGAACGAUGGCAGCCUCAAUGAUGCAUCUCACAAAGCGAAGAAGGAAAUCUCUACCUACCCAUAUCCUUGGUUUGACAACGAUGCUUACCAGUCGCGCGGCUCCGUAUCUGGAAAACUUAUCCUCUCAGACGGUCGCCCUGCUUCUAAUGCUGCCGUCUUCCUUGGCGACAACCACCCCAAUGAGACCACUCUCGAUAUGGGUCGCUACUACUACUAUACGGCCUACACUGACAAGGCCGGCAACUUCCAGUUCAAGAAUGUCCGCACCGCAAGCUAUGCAUUUCAAGCCUGGUCCAACGGCGGUGCCAUUGGUGAUGUUUCGACGACUUUCAUAAAGAACGAUGUUGUAGUAACUAAGAAAAAGGGUACCAAUCUAGGGCACCUCACUUGGAAGACUCAAGACAGGAGGAAUAUCUUCCAAAUCGGGGAUUUCGACAGGACGUCGUUGGGGUUCGCCUACGGAGGGGCACCCCACCAACACGCACUUGUGGUCAACUGCCCCGCAAACCUUACCUACACUGUUGGCACCAGUAAAACCUCAGACUGGUGCUUCGGCCAAUCCGCUAAGGGGAACUGGACCGUCAAAUUCAAUGUCCCGAAGCUCCCGAACGACUCGUCCGCCGUGCUCUCCGUCUCGCUUGCCGGGUAUUCCAGUGGCGUCAGCUCUACGAUCGUUGUGAACGGCGCUACGACUGUGGGGAACCUUACGAGCGCCAAUAUACUGACUGACCCGUGUAUGUAUCGGUCUGGUACCUUGGCGGGAGAGUGGCAUUACUACGAGUUCCCGGUUGAAAACGGGGCUCUGAAGAGGGGUUGGAAUACUUUGGACUUCCAAGUUACGAGAGAGACGCUCUGGCAUGGAUUUAUGUGGGACGCUGUCGCCCUAGACUACGCCUAGAGUAAUCAGCCGUAUGCCAGGUAGAAAUAUAUUUUUGGAAAAUAUAUUAUUGCUGUCAUAUAAUAAUUUACAAUUGUGC